AUGGAAGAAAAAAGUGAAUCCCGGGUUCCCCCUCCUCGCGUCCGGAUUUUUGAAUGCGCUCAUGAUGGAAUUCAGGAAUUAUUUAACCGAGACUCGAGUAAGGCUACGAAGCCAAUGGAUGAGCGCAAUUUUCCAAAAUCAUUUUGGAUUCCACCAACGAAGGAGCAUUCAAGGUGUUCUGAUCCCUCAAUGGAGAAUAAUCAAGACGGAUUUUGUAUUUCGCACAGAAAGUCAAAUUCCUCGCCUUCUUGUAUUGGCACUAACGCUGCAUAUCUCUCCGAACCCAUAGACCAUAACAGGCAAAAGAGUUUAGAUACAACUCAGAACUUAGACCGCAAUCCAAAGGAAAGUUCUGUAUUAUGCAACGCAGGAUUUGUACAACACACAAGCAGGGGCUCCUUUCAUUUCUCUGAUGCGCGACAGACUGAUAGCCUUACAUCACCAAUAUGUGAGCUACCGCCAGAGUUUCAAAUGGCAAUUAAUGAAAAUAAACAAGUUUACUUUCUUAACCACGAAACAAAACAAACCACAUGCCUAGUGUUAAGGUUCGACCCGCGGAUCCCUCCGGACGAACAGAAAUGGGGCAUGACGAUAGAGGAAUUAGAUCAAAUUCAUGUAAACUAUGCGAGACGCCAGAAAUUAAAGACACAUUCCUUGGAGGGCCAUCGGCAAUUACCAGCUUCUCCGAUAUCAGUGCUAUCUCCAAUUGACUCGGCGGGAAUGAGUGGUGUAGGUGGAGGAGGUGAGCCCACUAGUUGCUGCUCCACGUUGCCUGGUUCUCCAGGCAACGCAGCCGGUCAGUUGGUCUCGGGAGGUGCCGGAGGGGGAGGCGUUAGACCGGCCUCAGUGCCGCGAAUGCAGCAUCCGGGACCUUUCGCCAUGACACACGUGGCGCCUACGCCGCGUGCCCUCCCCAUGAACCUCCUUCCCCCUCAGGGCUCUAAGCCGAUGGCGUCGCGACAACAGCACCAGCAACAACAGCAGCACAUCGCGCAUACCAAAUCAUCAAGUCAGCCAGUCCCUAUGACAGUGAGUGGUGUGUCAGGCAACGCGGACUCCUGUAUGGGCGGCGGUGGCGGAGGUGGGUCGGGCGGCUACGCUCUCGGUCCGAGCUCCUCCCUCACGAGGCUGCACCACCCUAGUUACGGGGCGACAUUGUUUCCCUCGAGUGAACCACUUCCUGCAACUUCCUCGGGCCACUUGGCUCAGGACAUGGAGGAGCUGUCGCUGAGCCGCGGCACUGGUGAGACGCCUCUUCCACACCUCCAGCAAAUGUUCUGCACCACACCCCUCCUCCCCCUCCUCUCGCAGUCCUCCAUGCCACCCCCCGGCACCGCCCCCACGACCGGUGAGUACGGUGUCAGCGGAUCCGUGGCCACCCAGCAAAUCUCCUCGGCGCAGCACUCGCACCAAAGCAGUAUGGACAGCGGCGUAGGGCCCUCCGUGGCCGGCGGGCACUCAAUUCCCAGCGCCAACCAGACUCCCGAGCACACCAAGGUGGCCUGCUUCGAUUCUAGACAUAAAACGUACUAUUUGCCGGAAUUUUGGCUAGUGGGAAAAUUCGUAGUGGACAGCACUGGGUAG